AUGAGCGCCACGAAGACUCAGUCGCAGAAGAUCUUCGAGAAACUCAAGACCAAGCCUGCAAACAAAGUAUGCUUUGACUGUGGACAGAAGAAUCCAACAUGGUCCUCUGUGCCUUUUGGCGUCUAUUUAUGUCUUGACUGCUCCUCGAAUCAUCGUAACCUCGGCGUCCACAUCUCCUUCGUCCGCUCGACGAAUCUGGACAUCUGGCAAUGGGAACAACUCCGGGUCUUCAAAGUCGGCGGCAACGAGUCUGCAACCAAGUUCUUCCAGUCGAACGGCGGCAGCGCGGCUCUCGCGAGCAAGGACGCGAAGGUGAAGUACACUUCCAGUGCCGCCAACAAAUACAAAGAGGAGCUGAAGCGAAGGGCCAGCCGGGAUGCUCAGGACUAUCCGAACGAAGUCGUCAUUACAGACGAGGCACUUAGCACGCCUAGCAAUGGGGCAUCUAGUCCCGCCGGAGAACCCGCCGAUGAUUUCUUCUCUUCCUGGGACAAGCCAACAAUAAAGCGACCCAGCAACCCUCCUUCGCGCACUGGCACUCCUCCCGUCGUCUCCCGAACAGCUUCUCCGUUUUUGUCCGCUGGCACCAACGGAGCUGCUAGUCGGCCUAAGUCCCCUUCGCCCCUUGCUGGUGCUGCCGAAGAUGCUGAGAAGAACCUGCCCGCACCAACUGCCAUCCGCACAACUUCGUCGACCGCGAUCCGGAAGGGUCCGGCAGGCGGUGCGAAGAAGAAUAUCCUAGGAGCCAAGAAGACGACUAAGCUUGGUGCAAAGAAAGUUGGUGGGGACGACCUGGAUUUCGAGGCUGCUGAGAAGGCUGCAAAGGCUGAGGCAGAGCGGAUAGAAAAGUUGGGAUAUGAUCCCGAAGACGAAGCUGCGGCAGCCACGCAGAAUAAGGCAACUGCUGCAGCAAAGGAGACUCCCAUCAUCGCCCCUACGCCCAUCAGUCCCUCACAAGCCACAAGCAAAGCCCAGCACCAACGAAGUCCGAGUGAAGUCGAGCGCCUAGGUAUGGGUGCGGGCCGUCUUGGGUUUGGCCAGGUUGGAAAGUCUGCUUCGUCCGCUCCGGCGCCCAAGAAGCUUGGCUUUGGUGCAGUUGGCACAGCCAAAGCUGCUGCCGCCGAAGAUGACUCAGACGACUAUGCCCGCCAGAAGUUUUCGAGCCAGAAAUCCAUCUCCUCGGACGAGUUCUUUGGCCGCAAUAACUACGACCCCUCAGCACAGUCAGAAGCCAAGACGCGUUUGCAGGGCUUCGAAGGCGCGACUUCGAUCUCGAGCAACGCUUACUUUGGCCGCCCCGAGGAUGAUCUGACGGGCCUUGAAGGCGGCGACUACGGCGACAUGGAGACGGUCGCCAAGGAUUUCGUACGGAAAAUGGGCCUCACCGCAGGCGACGAUCUAGAGAAUCUAAUCAACGUUGCGGGCGAGGGUGGAAGGAAGUUGAGAGGGGCGGUAGCACGGUACCUCAACAGCUAG